AUGAAGGGUCAAAAGAGGUCUGCAAAUGAUAUUCAUGCUGCAUUGACUGAUGACAUCCUACACGAGAUCCUCCUUCGACUGCCAGAGAAAUCUGUUUUCAGUUUCAUACUCGUAUCAAAGAGGUGGCUUCGUGUGAUAUGUAGCUCUUCUUUUCGAAAGGAUUACCAUGCUCGAUGGAGAAUAAAUUUUCAUCUUUUGGGCUUCUUUGUGUGCAAUCAUCUAUACCUUGGAAGAUCUAAACAUGGCAUACGCCGGCCCCCAUCAGAGCGUGCACUUCAUUUAUUGUCAACUUGUGAGGAAGGCGAUAAUUUACUGGUUUCUGGGAUCCCCAAACAGAUUGGCUAUUUCAUUGACUCUUCCAAUGGCCUUCUUCUUUUCGGCCGUCACCCAAUGACAUAUUCUGUGUGGAACCCAAUCACCAAACAGCUAUGCCGACUUCCUCAACCUCAGCGGUACUAUAAAAGUUUGUGUAUUGCAUUCUUCAGUGUCACCGAGGAGUGUUUUGAUGACAUCAUCCACUACAAGGUUAUUCGGGCAAGAUGUGACUGCAGACGUGAUGAAGUUAAUACUGUCUCCAUUGAGACUUUCUCUUCAGUGACUGGUACAUGGAAACAUUAUACGCUCACUUGCUCUUCAACAUUUGCCUUGCGUCCUUGGGCAGUGGCUACUGUACUUAGUGGUGUCAUAUACUGGUUUGCAACCCAGGGAAAUCUAGCCAUUUAUGAUCCAUGUCUUGGAGAUAGGCGUAUAGUUUUGCUUAAAUUACCAGAUGGUAAGAUUUCUCAAGAUUAUGAUGAGUGUGUUCUUGGGGAGGCCCCAGAUGGGCUUUUGCAGUAUGGUCAGAGCAGCACAUCAGGCAUGGAGAUAUGGGUUCUUGAGAGGGAAGGAAAUAGUUUCUCAUCAAACAUGCAAUCACAGAACAGGUGGAAUUUAAGGUACAAACUAAGUUUCAAAGCAAUGUGGAAGCAAAAUCCAGACUGUGCAAAGAAUUCUAAAGAAGCUCAAAUAUUGUCAUUCCUUCCACAGAAUUCUGAAUAUGUCUUCAUAAGGGCUGGAUGGAACAUAUUUCUCUUUCACCUUAAAAGCCGAAGGCUUACACUGAUUCCAUAUCUUGGUCGUGACUCUUCUAUUCAAUGGGAUGACAGUCAAGUAAUGCCUUACUUUAGACCUUCUUGGCCGCGCUCCUGUUUAUGCCCCUAA